CGCUCACUGAAAAGAGUCAAUUUGAACUUAACUUGUGUAACGGGUUGGGUCUCUUGGUUCUAGUUUUGAUUCUAAGUUUGUUUUAAUAUGAGGCUUGUGUUAUUUCUAGUUGUUGUUCAUUUCUCUUCCUAGUAAGACGCAAGUGGAUUGUGCGCGCUUACUGGGUCAUCGACCCACCUUUUCUUAUGUUUUCAUCUCCAGCUUUAACGCUACACUGCAUGCUCCUUUUGUACACAAAGUACCCUCUGGCUUGACACGAAUCAAUACACUAGACUCUAUUAGUGUUGCUAGUUGUUACAAGUCACUCCUUUUACUCGGCGUAAGUGCAUUUUUCAAAAGGACGGUAGCAUUUGUCACAGGCUUAACUUCUUUCAGAUCUGUGUUUUCUGUUCUUGUUCGAUAUGCUUGAAGAGCUUAUGGCUUAGUCUUACUGGUUGAAGUGUACUAUGCUGAUGACCUAGGGCGACUUAUCAGCCUAUUAGGAAACGCUACCUAGUUAUAUCAAUUGACAAUACCUAUUCGAUGUCUCUGAACGACAAGGGCAGGGUACAUUUGCCUCUGUCUUAGCAGUCAAAAGUAAACAAGAUCCUGAUGAAUCCAAAUAUUAUGCUUUGAAAAUGAUUAUCCCAACAGUCGAUGUUCGUAGAAUUGAGAACGAAAUUCGUAUUCUGAGAAGAUUGGGUGGUAAACAUAAUGUAAUUCAAAUGCAUACAGCAAUGCGGAUUCGUGAUCAUGUGUUCAUCUUAAUGCCUUUUAUUGAUUACAUCCCUUUCACAGUAGGCUAAGAAAUAUUUAUUUCUUAUGCUUCAUUUUUUCUUGUGAGGACUAUUAUCUAACUGCAGAUGAGAAAGAAAUCAGACGAUAUAUGCGCGCACUCCUCUCAGCUUUAGCUCAUGUUCAUAAAUACAAAGUAAUUCACCGUGAUGUAAAGCCUACAAACUUUCUUAUGGAUCAAAAAACGAAACAAUUUUUUCUCGUAGAUUUUGGUCUGGCACAUUCUGAAGAGUUUGGUGAUAUUGAUGAAAGAUGGGAGCGCAAAUUUGAAAUCAACUCUGAUUCAGAUACAAAGAAAAAUGAAUUAAUGAAAAGAGUUUCAAGUUUUUCUCGGACAAAUCUUAACAUAUCAGAGAAUAACCAGCGUGUAAAUGUAGCAAACAGAGAAAACAGUUAUACUCAUAAACGAGAUUCCAUGGAUUCUACAAACUCAUUAUUCGCUUAUAAGUGUAAUUCUUCAAAAAAUGAUAACAAAUCAUCAUUUAAAGGUGCAUCUAUCAAAUCCUCUCAACAAAUAUCAAGUAACCUAACACAAUCUUUAGGACAAGGAGGAUGUGUUUGUGGUUCACGUCUCACUGUAUGUCGUGGUUGUCGACAUUUACCUCGAGCACCAACUGUUCGUAGAGGCGGAACACUUGGUUUUAGACCUCCGGAAGUAAUGAUGCGUCAUAUCGAACAAACAACUGCUGUUGAUAUAUGGGCUGUUGGAAUUAUAUUUCUUUCUUUCCUUUCUGGUCGUUAUCCUUUUAUAAAAGUAGACGAUGAUUUGGAUGUACUUCAUGCUUUCACUCAUCUAAUUGGAUAUGAACGCAUGCAAAUGGGUGCCAGAAGCAUUGGUAGGAGACUGUUACUUGAUCCUAGACCACCACCUAUGGAAGGUAGUGAUUCACCUAUUGUCUGGCUUAAAACAAGAUGUUCUGCAAUUAGAUUAUACGAGAAAAAAUUUGCUGGUCUACCUCCUUUAUUACGUAAAACUACAAUAAAGUCAACUAAUUUAACUAAUGAUAAUUCUGCACAAAUUACAGAAUUAUCUAAUGGAAAACCAGUGAUUGCUUUAUCUUCAACGCAUAUUUUUCCCACUUCAGCUUAUGAUCUAUUAGCUCGUCUAUUAGAACCAUGCCCACAGAAACGUAUUACUGCUCAAGAUGCACUUCGUCAUCCAUAUUUUUGUAAUACUAAAACUCAACGACAUUCUAGUAUACCAUUAAAAUAUCCAAAUAUACAAUCAAAUUCAUUACUUCAUAAACGUACAUCUCGUUCAAGUUUUUGUGAAUCAACAACAAAUUUUAUACCGAGACCACAAUUUUGUUGAAAGUGACUAGAUUAUUGAUUUUUUUAAAACUUA